GAUGAGUUGUGUGGCAAUCGCGCGGCUUUUCAACAACCACACGUGUUGCAUUCGCCUCACAGGCAAACUCGCAUACACUUACGUACACGGACGCACACAGACAGACGCACUCGCAAGCACGCAGACGAGCAAAUUACGUUACGUAUACGCCGUGGCUGCCAUUGCCCUUAAGGCGGCAAGAGCGACAACAAUUACGCGACUUUCUUGUCGUGUGUGUGAACCAAAGCAAGAAAAUUAUGUGAAUUAUAAGUGAAGUGCAAAUAACAGCAACAGCAGCAGAGCAAGGAAAUCGAAAACAAAACAAAACUGAAAAGAAACCUAAGAAAAAAAUCAAAUAAAACGAAAAAGAAAAGCAACGGCGAGACGACUAACAAGCGAAAGCAAAGUAUUAAAGCUUAAAGUCACUGAGCGUCUAGGCGGCUGAGCAUGUUAAACGCUUUGCACAAUUCUGCUCGAACGACAAACAUCAUCAAUGUGAGUGCCGCGUGGCUUGUGCUGUGCUGCUAGCUGCUCCUGGGGGCAAUGAAAUCGAGGAAGCUGCCCAAGGUUUGUGGCCUCAACUGCUUGACCUUACUCUGUAUACCGCUGGUGUUGCCCAUCCUAAGAUGCACGGCCGCUGGCCCUGGCAGCGGAGGCAGCGGCAACGGCGGAGACUUCGACUAUCGCUUGCAGCGGGUGAGGAACGUGCUGAAGGAAGUGCCCCUAAUCGAUGGCCACAACGACUUGCCCUGGAACAUACGCAAGUUCCUCAAGAACCAGCUGAAGGACUUUCACUUCGGCGGCGAUCUGCGCGAAAUGGCGCCCUGGUCGUCGAGUGCCUGGAGCCACACGGAUUUACGUCGUCUCAAAGAGGGCAUGGUUUCAGCACAGUUCUGGUCCGCCUACGCUCCAUGCUCCUCGCAGCAUCUGGAUGCGGUGCAGUUGACGCUGGAACAGAUCGAUCUGAUACGACGACUGGUGCAGCUCUAUCCACAUCACAUGGCCCUGGUCACCAGCGCAGCUGGCAUCGAGCAAACUCAUCGUACGGGCAAAAUCGCCAGCCUGAUUGGCGUCGAGGGUGGCCAUGCGAUCGGCACCAGUCUGAGCGUUUUGCGCAUGUUCUAUCAGCUGGGCGCACGCUAUCUGACACUCACACACACCUGCAAUACACCUUGGGCGGACUGUUGCAAAGUUGACGAACCGGGCAAAUAUCCACACAUAGGCGGACUCUCCAUAUUUGGCAAGCUUGUGGUGAAAGAAAUGAAUCGCUUGGGCAUGAUUGUUGAUUUGUCGCAUGUGUCGGUGCCAACAAUGUUGGAUGCUCUGGCCACCUCCCAGGCGCCGCUCAUAUUCUCGCACUCCUCGGCGCAUGCCAUUUGUAAUAGCUCUCGCAAUGUUCCGGAUCAUGUGCUACAGCGAAUUGCCAUCAAUGGGGGUCUGGUUAUGGUUGCAUUUUAUCCGCACUUUGUCAGCUGCUCGGGUCAGGCGACACUGCAUGACGUAGUGGCUCACAUAAACCAUAUACGCGAGGUGGCGGGCAUUGAUCAUGUGGGCAUUGGAGCUGGCUACGAUGGCGUCAAUCUCGUGCCCAAAGGCUUAGAGGACGUAUCCAAAUAUCCGCAUCUCUUUGCUACACUGCUCGAGUCGGACAAGUGGACAGAGGGGGAUAUAGCCAAGCUGGCUGGCAGGAAUUUUAUACGCGUCUUCAACGAAGUUGAAGCGGUACGUGAUCAAAUGGACUUAUUGCGAGUGCAGCCGAUUGAUCAGUCAAUCCCAGCUGAGGACAUUAUGGGCAGAUCCUACUGUCGCUAUCAAGGACCAAGAACGUGAUAAUUUCUUCAUAUGUAAAGUUUCAGCAUUCACACAAGCACAUACACACAUCAAUGCCAAAGGCCAACGAACAGAGAGACAGAAGAAAUUAUGUCAAGCGUACGUGUUGUAAAGUGAGACUUGUUUUAGGUUAAUUGACAAAGUUUUUUCGUCGUUACAUGCGAGCAUUUGUUUUUAUAGUAUAUCUAUGUUCAAGUUGUGUGUCACACACACAUAGACACACGUUUAGUUACACCCACACACAUGUACUUUGAAUCUCUCAGACUCCACGUGGCAGCUGUUGCCAGGCAACAUUGUGCGCAGCUGGCCGUGCACAUAAACAAAUACAAAGUGGCAUAGGGGUGGCCACACACACAACUACACGCACACACACAUACGCAUGUCCACCCACCAUAUGCCCUCCUUCUGGCAGCCACUACAACACUGAGGUUACCAUAGCUCAGCCAACAUUGUGUAAAUAUCAUUGUCAUGUUUAUUUUCAUCUUUAGCACUUAGUGAGGCAAGGAUCCGCAAAAAGAAAGCAGCAAAAAGCAGCGAAUGC